AUGAACGCCAGCCAUGAUAUGCGCGGCAAGACGGUUUUCGUUACUGGCGGAUCUGGGGGUCUAGGAAAGGCCAUUUCUAAAGAGUUGGCUCGUCGCGGUGCUCACGUAUCAAUAUUCUCACGCCGACCGAUGCCAUUGAAAGAAGCCAGAGAGGAAAUAAUGGCUACUUGCCAGAACACGGACCAGGAUAUCAACGCAAUUGCGAUUGACAUGGCUGAUGCUUCUAAGGUCGAUGAGGCUUUCAGGUCGCAACCGCGUAUCGCGGAUAUACUGUACUGCGUGGCUGGAGGCAACCACGCCGAAAACGGAUUUCUCGCGGACAUUACGGCGAAGGAGAUCGAAAGUUGUAUGAAUAAUAAUUAUUACACCGCUGCGUAUGCUGCAAAGUCGAUGCUUGAUAUCUGGAUAAAUGAUGACGGGGAAAAGCCGAACUAUGCUCAUCAUCGGACCCGUAAGAUUGUCUUCAUUAACAGCGCUGCGGCGUUCUUAGGCUUGCCAGGUUCAAUUGCGUACACGCCAGCCAAAUGUGCAGUUCGUGCCCUCGCAGACACCCUAAGAAUGGAAGUCUUGCGAUACUGUGGCCCGGAGUCUACGUACUCAAUCCAUUGCGCUUUUCCAGCCGACUUCAUUUCGCCUGGAUUUGUGCUGGAGCAACAAACCAAGACACCCUUGACGAAGCAUAUGCAGGGCACGGACUUACCCCUUAAUAAAUUGGAAGCCAAGUUCCCGUCGUCGGAUAAAGUCGCCUCUCUUAUUAUCGCUGCUGUAGACCGGGGCGAUUUUAUCAUAUGUGAAGAUUCGCUGGCUGCUUCUGUCCUCUUUACCAAUAUGCUGGGUCCAUCGCCAAAGAGAGGAUGGGGAAUCGUGGAUGCAUUGCUAUCGCCUAUUGUGGGAUGUAUCGUUUGGCCGUAUUUGAGAUGGAGGUGGGAGUCUAUGACAAGAAGCGAUGGUGAAGAAUUUAGAAGGUCGAGAUAA